AUGGCUCGAAGGAGCUGGCAAGCUGUGUUGGCAGCAUCAGCAGUGCCUAGCGCAAUGUCCCUCGGAGUCCUUGACCUGGGCUCGAUCUCCUGGACAUUGACCAGUCCUAACUAUAGCAAUAUCUCUGUGCCAGCAGGCUUUCCAUCCCAGGCUCAUCUCGAUUUACGUGCAGCAGGGAUAAUUGAGGAUCCUCUCUACGGUUUGAAUGACUUCAACCUGCGUUGGGUUGCAGAAGCCAACUGGACUUACACUUCAACCGGUAUCCCGAAUUUAGAUCCAAGCGCCGAUGCGACAUGGCUUGUAUUCAACGGCCUUGAUACAUUUACGAGCGUUGAGUUCUGUGGAAAGCACGUCGCGUCAACGAACAAUCAAUUCCGGCAGUACAACUUUGAUGUCAGCACGAUACUAGCCACCUGUAAAGAACCAGUAUUGAGUUUGAAUUUUGGAAGUGCCCCCAAUAUCGCUAAUGCCAUUGCCAGCCUACCGGGUCAAGAAACAUGGCCCGGGGGCGUUCAAGGGUUGUUUGAACUGCCAAAUCGCCAUUUCAUUCGUAAAGAGCAGAACGAUUUUGGAUGGGAUUGGGGUCCGGCCUUCGCCCCAGCUGGACCGUGGCAACCAGCGUACAUUGUUCAACUAAAUGACAAGGACCUUUAUGUUCGAAACACUCUCAUUGACGUUCAUCGUGUGGAUCAAUGGAACCUGAUCCCGCCGAAUCAAUCAAACGAUUGGGUCGUCAAGGUUAGUAUAGACUACCUAGGGACCGAUGUAGGGCUAUCUAGCGACACAGCUCUAAGAUUCGACAUUACGGAUGCAAAUGGGAUAAAGGUGGUGAGCGGGCCUUUGUUCAAUGUCACUGUGGAUAGUACAACAAUCAACGGCAGUGCUUCGGUUUCUAAAGAUGCUGUAGAAUUAUGGUGGCCAGUCGGCCUUGGUCCUCAAAAGCUCUAUAACAUGACGAUCAACAUUAUAGAUUCGCAAGAGUCGCAGUUAGCAACAGUCAUCAAAAGAGUAGGAUUUCGAACAAUCGUCCUCAACGAGCUGCCGAUCAGUAGAGAGCAACUUAGUCUAGGUAUCGCACCUGGAAACAAUUGGCACUUUGAGGUGAACGGCCACGAAUUCUAUGCUAAGGGCUCUAAUUUCAUCCCUCCAGAUCCAUUCUGGCCAACUGUAACCGAAAAGCGAAUUCGCCAGCUGUUCGAAAGCGUCGUAGAUGGGAACCAAAACAUGCUUCGUGUGUGGUCGUCCGGCGCCUACUCACCAGAUUUCAUGUUCGACCUGGCUGACGAGAUGGGCAUCCUACUUUGGUCUGAGUUCGAGUUUGGAGAUGCCCUGUACCCAGUGGACAAGGAAUUUCUAGACAACGUGCGAGAAGAGGUUAGAUAUCAGGUACGACGAGUCAACCAUCACCCAUCCUUAGCGUUUUGGGCUGGAGGGAAUGAACUCGAGAACCUUGAGCUACGAGCUGUCAAGAUGGCGGCUCCAGAAAAGUAUGAACGGUACCUCGCCGAGUAUGAAACGCUCUUCCUGGACACUAUAGUACCAGUUCUUUUCGGCAACUCACGAAGUAUAUCAUACUCCCCUUCAAGCACGACGAACGGAUGGCUUAAACUUGACUUCUCUCGUCCACAGCCGAUCACUGAGAGAUACUACAACAUGACAAAGGAUGAAAUUUAUGGCGAUACUGACCACUACCAUUACAACUCGGCCGAUGCUUUUAAUUAUGAUACAUAUCCGGUAGGACGAUUCGCCAACGAAUUUGGGUAUCACUCGAUGCCUUCGGUACAGACCUGGCAACAAGCGGUUGAUUCGACUGAUAUCUUCUUCGAAUCCGAAACGAUAGCCCUAAGAAACCAUCACUAUCCUGUGGGCGGGCCCAAAAAGGACCCUACUAAUGGACGAAAAGGCAUCCAAGAGAUGGCUCAAGCCAUAAAGAACUGGUAUCCAAUUCCUGAUAAGCAAGAUCAACUUGCAAACUUUUCUGCAUGGUGCCAUACCUCUCAGAUCUUCCAGGCCGAUUACUAUAGAUCGCAAAUACAAUACUACAGACGAGGGAGUGCCCUCGAAGAAAGGAAUCUGGGCUCCCUAUACUGGCAACUCGAGGAUCAAUGGCAAGCACCGACAUGGGCAGGCAUCGAAUACGAUGGUAGAUGGAAAGCCUUACACUACGUUGCAAAAGAAGCCUAUCAGCCUGUGAUAAUUGCUCCUUUCUAUUGGCCGGACGAUAAAGAACUGGAGGUCUGGGUGAUUUCUGACUUAUGGUCUACCAUCUCCGCAUCGGUUGCACUGAAUUGGUACGACUGGUCCGGCACACCACUGUAUAUCCAACUAUCCUAUCCCAGCACUGUCGAGGUAAAUGCAAUCAAUGGUACCAUGGUCUUCAAUGGAAAUGUCUCUCGCAUGCUAGGAGGGCAUUCGCCGUCGAAGGCCAUUCUCAGAAUGGAUGUCACCGCACAAGGUACUUUACCAAACCACAACGAGCCUCAGACCUUCAAGCACACGAAUUGGUUCCAUCCAGCGCGACUUCGCAGUGCAUACAUGGUCGAUCCAGGUCUUGAGUUAAGCCACGACUCCGGCACCUCCCAAUUUAUUAUCCAGGCUUCAAAAGGUGUUGCUGCGUGGGUUUGGCUUGACCAUCCGGCAGGUGUUACAUUGAACUUCGAAGCAAAUGCUUUCUGGCUUCUGGCUGGGGAAGUUAAGAAGGUUGGAUACACUAUAAAGAGUGAUUCGACGCAAGGAGAGUGGAUAUCUGGAGUAACAGUUCGGAGUUUGUGGGACAAUACGCAUUGA